CGAGAAGACACUACACUCCUUCAAUUAUGAUGAAAUAAGAACACUUCGACCGUAUAUUUAAAGAUGGGCAAGGAAUUUCUAUAUUUUAUAUUUCCCGCUAACCUCGUCAACCCUCCCUUCUGUUUGCCCCCCCUUUCCCUAGGCGGCGAAGUUACAUCCCGGCUCCCUAAGUACUCAAAUUGCUACUACCGCAGGCCAGGAACCAGCAUUCAGUAUGCCAACCACGGAGGUUUAUGACCAAGCGAAGAACAUUGCCUUCGACAAUGCCCUACACCAACAGUCAACCGAAUCCGAAGGCGGCAUCCGCGCCAUGAUGAACAAGAACAGCGCCGCCAAUACUGCCGCCUCGAGCCAGUACUUCCAAUACUGGGACAACAAGAAGGCUGAGGACGAGACAGAUGCAGUCAGGCAAGAAAGAACCGCCAACUAUGCUGAUCUGACACGGCAAUAUUACAAUCUCGCAACAGACCUCUAUGAAUACGGAUGGAGCCAAUCUUUCCACUUCUGUCGAUUCGCUCACGGUGAAUCUUUUCACCGCGCCAUUGCCCGGCAUGAGCACUACCUGGCACACACCAUGGGCAUCAAGCGCAACAUGAAGGUCCUCGAUAUCGGCUGCGGCGUAGGCGGACCAGCUCGUGAAAUCGUGAAGUUCACCGGUGCCCAUGUCACUGGUUUGAAUAUCAACGGGUACCAAGUACAACGUGCCAAGCACUACGCUGCGAAAGAAGGCUUGUCGAAUUUGCUUGACUUUGCUCAGGGUGAUUUCAUGAACAUCCCCUUCCCCGACAAUUCCUUCGACGCCAUAUACGCUAUCGAAGCCACCUGCCACGCACCCUCCCUGCAAGGUGUCUACAGCGAGAUCUUCCGCGUGCUCAAGCCAGGCGGCGUGUUCGGUGUCUACGAGUGGCUCAUGACCGACGCGUACAACAAUGACGAGAUUGACCACCGGCGCAUAAGGCUCGACAUCGAGCAAGGAGAUGGCAUUGCGCAGAUGUUCAAUAUCGAGCACGGAGUCGGCGCCAUGAAGGGUGCUGGAUUCGACUUGGAGCUCCACGAGGACCUGGCUGCUGAGGAUGAUGGCCCGGCGCCUUGGUAUUGGCCUUUGGACAGUGACUUGCGGUAUGCGCAGACGUUGGGGGAUGUGCUGACAGUUUUGAGGAUGAAUAAGUGGGGGAGGUCGGUGAUGCAUAAUGUUAUGUCUGCGCUGGAAACGGUCAAGGUCUUGCCUGCUGGCACGAGGAAAACGGCUGAUAGUCUAAGUAAGGCAGCCGAUGCAUUGGUUGAGGGCGGAAAGCAGAAGUUAUUCACGCCGAUGUAUCUGAUGGUAGGAAGGAAGCCUUCGACUUGAACACGUUGCUUCCUCUGUUGGGAAAAGUUCGAGGUCGAGAGUUCGAGUCCGUCGAAUGUCUCAAUUUGUAAAACUAACUAGAUAGAAGAAAUAAUGCCUAUUGGCCUCGGCACAUUCGAA